UGUUAUGGUCACGUGACGUUCAUAGCGACAAGUACACAACCUGCAGAAGACACAACUACCACCGUGCGAAAGCAGAAUUUGUUGAAUUUUAACACGAAUUUUAGCUGGGAAAAUGGCAGAAGAGGAGUCAGAAACAACAGGAGGAAAGAUUGGCAGCAAGCGUAUAUUUGUUAACCACGUUGAUUGUUAUCACGGCAAGAAUAUUGGGAAAUACCUGUCCAACUGCAUCGUCGGUGCGUCACUUGAAGAAAUCGAAGAAGAGGAGGAAGACGAUGCUUCAGUCAAGAGUGAUGUUGUUGGUCCACCCAAGGAGGGCACCUACCACAUUAUUGGCUCACUCAAGAACCCCAACAAACCCAAACCUGCUUGGGUACAAGAGAUCAUCAGUUUUCCAGAGAAGGAACAGAUGUUGGAGCAUCUUGCAGAAUGUGACGUGGUAGUCUACGACAUCAAUGAGGAUCCUAGUCAGAUAGACGAAGCCUCCUGGGCCGUUUCAGCAUUGCAUGCAGAGCUGGAGCGAUUUGAAUCCCCCAAGAUGUUUGUCCUGAUCUCCAGCAUCAUGACAUGGGCCAAGAGCAAGCCAGUAGAUCCAGACGACACUGAGAUUCCAUUUACCGAGGAGGAUUACAGACGGAGGAAGCCGCACUCCAACUUCAAGGCCCACAUCAGCGCUGAGAAGCUGGUCAUCAAGUUGGGGAAGACGAACAAAGCUAAGUUUGUGACCUACGUCAUUGCCUCUGGGCUAACCUAUGGCGGAGGGGAGAAUAUAUUCCACUAUUUGUACAAGGCGGCUUGGCAUGGUGAAAUUGAAGCCCUUCAGUGCUUUGGCAAUGGCAUGAACAUCCUGCCCACUAUCCAUGUCAAAGAUCUGGCUGGUGUCAUCCAAAACAUUGCCGAUGCAAGACCUAAGACCAGAUACUUACUGGCUGUAGACGAUUCUCAGAACUCACUGGAGGAGAUUGUCAAGUGCAUAAGCACCAAUCUCGGUAACGGCAAAGUCAAACACAUCACCAAGGAGGAUGCACUGCUCAGCAAGGGGCUUUCGCAACAAGACUUUGACAUGCUGUUGACUAAUCUUCGGAUGGACGGCGUGUACACCAAGGAGAAUAUGAACAUCCGCUGGGUGUCGGAGAGAGGCAUCAUUGAGAACAUUCCUCAGAUCAUCCAAGAGUUCAAGGCUACGAGGGGUCUUCUGCCGAUGCGUGGUUGUGUCCUGGGCCCCCCUGCAGUCGGCAAAACCUGUGUGGUGGCUGCGCUGUGCAAGCAUUAUAAACUGCACCACAUCAAGAUUAAAGAUGUCAUCGAUGAAGCUAUUGAAGUUCUGGAGAAGAGUGCAGCCAGAGCAGACGCUGAUGAGAACGAAGAUGAUGACGGCAAGGCACAAGAGGACCAGGAGUUACUGGAAGCCAUCAUGGAGAGCAAGGAAUCCAAUAACGGUCGCAUCGAGGACCAGUACAUCCUUCGCUUUUACCGGGACAAGCUUCAUUCCAUGCCGUGCCAGAACCAAGGCUUUAUCCUGGACGGCUUCCCUAAGACUAUGGAGCAGGCUAAGGAACUCUUUGCCGCUGAGGAUGAAGAGGAGCAAGAUGAGAAUAGCAAGGUGCCCAUCUAUGACAAGACCACCAUGCCGGAGCUAGUGGCCUCCUUGGAAGCACCGGACGACUUCUUGAAGAAGCGAGUCAUGAACCUCCCUGAGAAUACGGUGGCUGGUACCCACAACAAUGAAGAAGGGUUGAUCCGACGGCUGACGGAGUACCGGGCAGUCAAUGAGGAGGACACCACCGUGCUUAACUACUUUGACGAACUGGAGAUCCACCCUGAACAUAUCGACAUGACCAAGGAGGUGGACCCCAACAACGCCACCAUCGUGGAGCAGAUCGUCAAGAUCAUGGGGGAGCCCCGCAACUACGGUCCCACCUCAGAUGAAGUCGAGGAGAUGGAGCGCACCGAGACGGAGAAACGACUCAAGAAGGAGCAGGAGGAGAAAGAGGAACGAGAGAGGCAGGAGGCAGAGGAGUCAGCACUCAGAGAUCAGAGAGAGAAGGAAUGGGCGGAGAGACUUGAGGAGGUCAAACGUCAGGAGACAGAGCAGCUAGAGAACCAGUCCAUUCCACUGCGUAACUACCUGAUGAAGCAUGUCAUGCCGUCCUUGACCCAGGGACUGAUUGAGUGCUGUAAAGCCAGGCCAGAUGAUGCCAUCGACUUCCUGGCGGAGUAUCUGUUCCGGAACAACCCACAGGUGGAUUAGCUGCUGUUGUCCCCAGAUGCGUCUAUUUUGAAAGAUUGAAUCUGAACAGUACAACGCAUAUAGGGAGAUCUAUAUGAACCCUAACCCCUUGAAUGAUUUUCUAGGAUCCUUCCUCACUCCUGCAAAAUCCAACACCAUAUGGUAAACUCAACACCCAAACUGUUGGACUUGAUUAUGGUGGUAUGCCCGACCCCA